AUGUGCCCGGCCGCGGGGCAGAAGCUGCUGCCGGCGGCGCUGCUCUUGCUGGCGGCGCUGGAGGCGGCGUGCGCUUUCGGCGACGAAGAGGAGCGCCGCUGCGAUGCCAUCCGCAUCUCCAUGUGCCAGAACCUGGGCUACAACGUCACCAAGAUGCCCAACCUGGUGGGCAGCCAGUUCCAGACCGACGCCGAGCUCCAGUUGACCACCUUCACCCCGCUCAUCCAGUACGGCUGCUCCAGCCAGCUGCAGUUCUUCCUGUGUUCCGUCUACGUCCCCUUGUGCACGGAGAAAAUCAACAUCCCGAUCGGCCCCUGUAUCGGCAUGUGCCUCUCCGUCAAAAGGCGAUGUGAGCCAGUCCUGAAAGAAUUUGGCUUCUCCUGGCCAGAAAACCUGAAUUGCAGCAGGUUCCCCCCACAGAACGACCAAAAUCACAUGUGCAUGGAAGGGCCAGGAGACGAAGAGGUACCCCUCCACAGCAAGGCCCCCUUGCAUCCCGGAGAAGAAUGCCAGAAUGUCGGAUCAAACUCAGAUCAGUACAUCUGGGUCCGGAGAAGCUUGAAUUGCGUUCUCAAGUGUGGCUACGACUCUGGCCUCUACAGCCGGUCCGCCAAGGCGUUCACCGACAUCUGGAUGGCCGUGUGGGCGAGUCUCUGUUUCAUUUCCACCGCCUUCACCGUCCUGACCUUUCUGAUUGAUUCCACUCGCUUUUCCUAUCCAGAGCGGCCCAUCAUAUUCCUGAGCAUGUGCUACAAUAUUUAUAGCAUCGCUUAUAUUGUCCGGCUGACCGUAGGCCGAGAAAGGAUUUCCUGUGAUUUUGACGAGGCCGUCGAACCUGUUCUCAUCCAGGAGGGCCUCAAGAACACCGGAUGUGCCAUCAUUUUUUUGCUGAUGUACUUUUUCGGCAUGGCGAGCUCCAUCUGGUGGGUGAUUCUGACCCUGACGUGGUUCCUGGCCGCUGGACUCAAAUGGGGCCACGAGGCCAUUGAGAUGCACAGCUCGUAUUUCCAUAUCGCUGCCUGGGCGAUCCCUGCGGUGAAGACCAUCGUCAUCCUGAUUAUGAGGUUGGUCGAUGCCGACGAGCUGACGGGCCUGUGCUACGUGGGCAACCAGAACCUUGACGCCCUGACGGGCUUUGUGGUGGCUCCCCUUUUCACCUACUUGGUCAUUGGGACCCUCUUCAUUGCGGCCGGCUUGGUGGCUUUGUUUAAGAUCAGGUCCAACCUUCAAAAGGACGGGACCAAAACAGACAAGCUGGAGAGGUUGAUGGUGAAGAUCGGGGUGUUUUCCGUGCUCUACACCGUGCCUGCCACUUGUGUCAUUGCCUGCUAUUUCUAUGAGAUCUCCAACUGGGGGAUUUUCCACUACUCCGCAGAUGCCUCCAACAUGGCUGUGGAGAUGCUCAAGAUUUUCAUGUCCCUCCUUGUGGGCAUCACGUCUAGCAUGUGGAUUUGGUCGGCCAAGACGCUGCACACUUGGCAAAAGUGCUCCAAUAGGAUGGUGAAUUCGGGGAGGGUAAAACGGGGGGCGAAGAGGGCGGAUGGGUGGAUGAAGCCUGGGAAAGGAAAUGAGACAGUGGUAUAA